AUGUUAGCACGCAGCGUGCUCAGCCUAACUCUUGGUGGGAUUUUGCUUUUGUCCAUCAUUGCAAACAGGUCUUCUGCCGUCACCACCAACCGUCCACAACCGUCCAAUGGAAACCUAAAAUCUAUUCGAUAUACAAAAACAUGCCCCAAAAACCUCUACAAUUGCGGUGUAUUGAAUGGCCGAAACUGCCAUAGGGCUUCCGAUGCAGUCUAUUACGCCUCGACCUCGAUGGCUGAUGCUUUUGCAAACUGCCCUUAUACGCAUUUCGCAAAAAUUACGUUCAAAGACGGAAAAGGCGAUAUAGACAUAAUAUGGCAUGAAGCUUAUUUUUGGUGCAAAAAUAACGGAUGGGAAUACUGUAAAGAUGGAUGGUGUCGUCCAGUUCGUCACUUCGCUUGCUAUAAGAAGGCGUAAUGAUUGGUUUCGAUCAGUGCAAGUUCUAUUCGUAUAUUCCAAUAAAUCUGCUGACAUAUGC